CACACUUGAGGCGCUCAGAGGACCGGCAGCCCAUCAGUCCGUACGUGACGUGAAGGUAACACUGACCGGUGUUCACAAACUGCGUCACUCGCUAAAUCGUCCGAAGUGUCCGCAGACUCUGUUCGCCUGUUUCAAACAUGCAGCUUAGUCCAUGGAUGUUGUGAGCAGAAUUGGUUCACGUGGGCAGAAUGUGCCAGAGUCCUUGAAGACACACUAAAGGCUGAGGACGACACCUGAUCUCCUGCGAUUGCCGUACAUACACCUGGUGCCAUGGCUGGUCUUUUCAUAGCUGAAGUAACACUGCUGAGGUGUACAUUUUUCGUUCUUUACUUGACUGUCUGCUUGUGCCAGCGUGACUGCACUGGUGUGGACUGUCCCCAGCUGGACAACUGUAUCGAAGAAGUGCUGGAGAGUGGUGCCUGUUGUGCUUCAUGCCUGCAAAAAGGAUGCACAUGUGAGGGUUAUCAAUACUAUGAUUGCAUCAAUGCUGGAUUCAAGAAUGGCAAGGUGCCCGAGGGAGACUCUUACUUUGUUGACUAUGGCAGUACUGAGUGCUCCUGCCCUGCAGGAGGGGGCCGAAUCAGCUGCAAUUUCAUCAGCUGUCCUGAUAUCCCGCCAAACUGCAUUGAGGUUUCAGAGCCUGCAGAUGGUUGCAUGCAAUGCGAGCGUGUAGGAUGCGUUUAUGAUGGGCAUAAAUAUGAUGCCGGACACUCCUUCCAUAUUAACUCCUGCCAGGUCUGCCAUUGCCCCAAUGAAGGGGGGAAGCUAAUGUGCUACCCUGUGCCAGACUGUGAUCCGCUUAAAGUCCAGAAACCAAUGUUAGGUUCACCAACAGUGGAGGGCAACAGGGGCAACAAAUACCCUUAUAGGUUUGACCAACAAGGGAAUCUUAGACUUUUCAAAUUGUCACCUUUGGACAAGGAAGAGUCUGAGGAUUAUGAUUAUGACCCUACAGACUUUCCGGAGACCUACCCUCUGCUCUUCCCCACCCAGUCCUCCACCUCUAGCAAGGUCAUCCCUCUAUCCCAAGGCUCCGACAGACCUGACAGAAACAUUGCUCUUCAGAGCUUUGGCCAACAUGACAAGCUAGAGUUAAAAGAGCGAUAUGGAGUUCAUGACCAUCCUACAGACCAAGAAGUGACAGGAACCCCCCUGAGAGCAGAACAGAGUACUGUCAGGCCACAUAUACCCAAGGACGGCACUGCUUCUUGGCUGCCCUCACAGGAUCUAAGAAGUGUCACAUUCAGUGAUCCUACCACACAGACAGAUUUUGAAAAUUCGGCAGAUGCACAAAAAAGUUCAGAUGGUGUUAUAUUUCCACUAAGCCAAGGAUUAGGGAGUGAAAAAGACCCUGUGUAUCCGCCUUUGGUCUCAGAGAGUGCAGUUCAUCAUCAGAGAAGCUCUGAAUCUGAGACACAUCACCCAAAUUUACCAGAUGUACCAGAAAGCCCAUUCCAUCCCCAGGCAAGUUCACCCGAUCACAAAUCGGGAACAGUCACACCAGGCCUUAAGGAAAGGGUGGAACAAGAGGAAAAGGAAGAGGAGGAGGAGGAGGAAGAAAUCGUAACACUUCACAGUGUCACUCCCUCUCAAGGGAGGGAUGUACCCUACAAGAUAAAGUCAGCACAACAGGAGAGAAGCCAUGAGGACUCAGAAAGCAGUGAUCCAACCAGCAGCUAUGAAAAGACCACACCUGAGCCCAGCACGAGCUCCCCCAUUAGGUCUGAGUACCUGACAACCCCCAUGGUCCGUUUCAUUACCACGACCACCACCCAGCUGCCAGUGAGGUUCACGCUGGAUGAGCGCGAGGCCAGCAGAGAGCCAGGUCAGAGGCUGCUUAACCUUCACAGUGAAGACAAGGAAGAGGUGAAGGAAGAGAACGACGAUGAGAGGAAAGGUCGUCGUGUUGUCCUGGUCAAACCUGAUGCAGGUCCAGGUGCCUCUGCUGAAGACCUUCUGCAGAGCUGCUGUGCUGCUGGCCAGAAAUGGGCCACAGAAAAUCAUCAGUGCAACCACAUGCCGCUGCUGAACACUGACAAGGACUCCAUGUGCAGUGUUGCGCAGAAGCAGUGCUGCCUCAGCUCUGUAAAGGAGAGCCAGUGUGAAUCUGGUAUGAUUUCUGCCAGAGGAGGGGUCACCUGUGAAGGGGCUGAGGGGAAGCAGUGCAUGGAUGACUUCCACCAGGUGUGCUGCAGCUGCUGUGCCCUUGGCUUAAGAGUGCGCAGUGAAGGACGGGGUUGUGUUGCCCACCAAUACCUGGGCUAUCCAUGUGGUCAUGUCUUCCUCACCUGCUGCGAGGAAGAGGAAGGUCCAAGCCAGAUGCCUCUGAGGAGAAAGCAGAUGCCCAGUCCAACAUCUGUGCCCAGAAAAGUCUUAGAUAGCAAGUUCCCCAAGGAGGCCUUCUCCAUCAGUGCUACAGAUGAAACUGCUAAUGCAGUGGAGGAGCAUGAGGAUGUGGAUGAGUGUCAGCUCUACCUGGGCCAGCUAUGCCAGCACACAUGCACCAACAUCUGGGGCUCCUACCGCUGUGGUUGUCACCAGGGCUACAUCCUGCAGCAAGAUGGACACUCUUGUGCACCAGUGAGCCCCGAUGAGGACAAUGCAGUCAGAGAGGACAGACCUGAUGUGGUCCCAACACAAACCACAACUACCACUACCACAACCAGUAGAGCCACCACAAACCCUGGGCACCUCAGUCCUUGUGCAGAAAAUGGCCCUUGCAGUCAGCAGUGUACUGAGAUGACAGGCCAGGCUCACUGCUCCUGCUUCCCAGGGUUCUCACUGAUGACAGAUGGACACACGUGUGAAGAUGUGGACGAGUGUGCGACCAACACCCACAGUUGUCAGCCCAGAGAGCAAUGUAUGAACACAGUAGGUUCAUUUGUAUGCGAGCUGCAAGUCACUUGUCCUGCAGGCUACCAGCUGAGGAACAGUGUUUGUGAGGACAUCGAUGAAUGUGUUCUGCGGGCCCAUAACUGUGGUACGGGCUUUGUGUGUGAGAACACAGUGGGCUCUUUCCUGUGUAAUCCCAAAAAUAAGUGUGUCAGCGGCUUCACACAGGACUCCCAUGGCAAUUGUAUUGACAUAAAUGAGUGCAGCAGCCUGAGUGAAGCGUGCAGCUCGGGUUUUAACUGUAUCAACACAGUGGGCUCUUACACAUGCAAGAAGAAAGUCAUAAUGUGCAGCCACGGCUACCAAACCAGCCCUGAUGGAGCCAAGUGUGUCGACAUUGAUGAGUGUCAGAUGGGUACUCACCGCUGUGGAGUGGGCCAGAUCUGUCACAACCUUCCUGGCAGCUACCGCUGUGACUGUCAGACGGGCUACCAGUACGAUGCCCUCCGCAAAGUCUGCACUGAUGUAAAUGAGUGCUGGCGCUAUCCUGGCAGGCUGUGUGCCCAGACCUGUGAAAACACCCCAGGCUCCUACCACUGCUCGUGCACAGCCGGCUUCUCCCUAGCAUUUGAUGGCAAGAACUGUGAAGAUGUCAAUGAAUGUGACAACAACCCCUGUAGUCAAGAAUGUGCCAACAUCUACGGCUCAUAUCAAUGUUACUGCCGCCAAGGCUACUACCUGAAAGAGGAUGGACACACCUGUGAAGAUAUUGAUGAGUGCUCCCAGAGCAUUGGGAACCUUUGUGCCUUCCAGUGCAUCAAUGUUGCUGGUAGCUACCAGUGUUCCUGUCCUCCUCAUGGAUAUGUUAUGUCAGCCAAUGGACGCACCUGUAGAGAUAUUGAUGAAUGCACAGCUGGCACCCACAACUGUUCAUAUGGGCAGACCUGCUAUAACCUCCAGGGAGGCUUCAGAUGCCUCUCCUUCAACUGCCCUCACAACUACAAGAAGGUGUCAGACACGCGCUGUGAGCGGAUCAGCUGUCCCAGUAACUCCUUGGACUGUCAGAACUCCCCCGUCCGCAUCACGUACUACCAACUCAGCUUCCAGACCAACAUCAUCAUUCCAGCCCAGAUCUUCAGAAUCGGACCAUCCCCUGCCUAUUCCGGUGAUCACAUCUUCAUCGGCAUCAUCAAGGGCAAUGAGGAGGGCUACUUCAGCACCAGGAAGCUGAACAGUUUCACGGGCGCAGUCUACCUUCAGAGACAAGUCCGCGAACCCAAAGACUUCCUCAUCGAUGUGGAGAUGAAGCUGCUGAGGCAGGGUUCAUUCACUUCAUUCCUUGCCAGGAUCUAUGUCUUUAUCACGUCCAGCACCAUGUAAAAUCAGAGAGAGACAGAGAGAGGGCAGGACUGGAUAUUUCAUGUGGUGCUAUACUUUUAUAUGUGCAGACUUUUUGUGAUGCUUCCCCACAUUCAAGCAUCAUUCAAUAAUCUUGUAAUAUGUUGCCAAAAAUCUUAUUGUUUCCUUUUUUUUUGUUAGCUGCUUGUUUCUGCAGGUGUUCUACGACAAUCAUAUUUUCAGAAAAAAUAUAAUACGUAUUUACCAAAGUAGUCAGUUUGACUCUUCAUCUUUCAAGGUGCUGCACAGGCCACUGCACAAGUCUGGGUGGGUGGUUUGUGCUCCACUCUUUAAAAAAUGCUGUUUGACCUCCCUAUGUAAAUUUUCAUUUUUAUGGCAUUUAAUUGCAUAAGUCUGAAGGAGCUAAUAAACCUUUGCAGCACUAGAACUCAAGGGCACUUGUCACAAUGUAGGACCAAAGCUAAUAAAAUGUACUUCGUUAAGCCUAAUGAGUCAAAAACUAACUGAAUACAUACAAUAUAUUUAAUUUCCUUAUUUAUUUAAGUUUUAAAAAUUCCUUAUUAUUUUUUAUAUCUCAUGCUAAUAUGAUAAUUAAUUAAUUAUGUACGUCCAGGUCACGGUCUGGCCCAGUGUCGGAGUCUGUGUGUGCUAAAAAUAACUGAUUUAAAAUUAAGUUUAAUUUUUUUUGAGUAAAUAAAUAAGAUAAAUAUAUGUUUAUAUAUCUUUACAGGUUUGUAAAUUAUACAGCAAACAUUAUCAUUUAUUGAUGUGUUCAGUUAUAUUUUUGAUUUACUUUUUGUCAGCUUUGGGCCUCCACAGCCACCACCCAAAUUUGUUAAUGUGGUUAGAAGGUAGCAGAAACUUUAAAUAGUACCUUUUGUUCAGCAUUUGGUGUAUAUUAUUUUUUUAAAGAUGUGAUCUGAUGAAAUGUAAGUGUUGAAAUUCAGUGCAAACCACAUUAUAUAACAUUACCGAGUCGUGUAUGGUAAAUUACAGCACUGAAAAUAUUAAUGAAGCUUUACUGUUGAUCAUUUUGACUGUCAUAUUAUUUCCUUUAUUACUGCACAUAUCUUUCUAUGUUACUGUGUUGCAAUUAUCUCAGGGUAAAAUUCAUGUAUUUUUUUUUUUAUACACUUGACAAAUUCUUGUAUGGUUUGCAGGAAUGAAUCAGUCUGCUUGUUGUAACUAGAGACUGGCAUCGCACAGCCUGUACAGGUUCAUCUGCUACAUGAUACCCAUAAACCAAUCAAUAGAUGAUGAUCAAACUGUUGUCAGUUGCUCAAUAAAAGUACAGAUCAAAUUCAA